AUGGAGCGCGGCGCGGCGGGGCCGCUGCCCCUCAGCCGCCUGGCCGGGCCGCUGCUCCGCAGGCUCAGCGAGCUGCUGGACCGCGCGGCGCCCGGCAAGGGCUGGCGGGAGCUGGCGCAGCGCGCGGGGAGCCGCGGCACGGUGCGGCUGAGCCCUCUGGACGUGGAGCAGUGCUCCCUGCAGGUGCUGGAGCCGGAAGGCAGUCCCAGCUGGAGUCUCCUGAAGCUGCUGGGGGAUCGGGGCUGCACUGUGCUGGAGCUGACGGAGUCCCUGCAGGCCCUGGAGCACACAGAGGCUCUCCGGUGUCUCAGCCAUUCAGGUGUAAAGAUCGUUGUACAGCCAGACUCUCAAGCAGUGCUCUCUGGUCAGGUCGUCAAGCUGUGCUGCUGGGCAACAGGACACCCAUUUGUGCAAUACCAGUGGUUCAAGCAGGAAAGAGAGGUUCCCCAUGGUAAUUCUCCAGAACUGGUUUUGAGUCCAGUGAGUGUAAAGGAUUCUGGCUUUUACAUCUGCCGCGUGAACAGCGAAUCUUCUUUCGUGUUCAGUCGGUGGGCGCGCCUUGAAGUCUGCGAGCUUCAGGAUCCGCCUUGCGGGCUCUUAACAGGUUUGCCUGAAAACAAGUUGUGCAUUUGUAAUCAGCCUCGGCCACAAAACCUGACUGUGGGGGAUGCUUUGGUACUAGAAUGUGGAGCUGUUGGAAACCCAAUUCCUCAUUACCAAUGGUUCAGAAAUGGAUUUCCUUUGGCAAAUGGGAGCAAAAAUGUCUACACAGUAACGUAUGUGGAUGUGGGACAUCAAGGAACGUACUGGUGUCAUGUGUUCAAUGACCGGGAGGACGAAGACAGCAACAAAGUACAAGUCAUUAUAGGAAGGAAAGCUGUAGCAGUGGAGUGCACAGAAGAAGAUUUAAGUGAUCUUCAGGAAUCAGACCCACAAGAAGAAUCAAGUCACAGACCUGUGGCCACAGACAAGGUGGCUCUGUUAAUAGGAAACAUGAGCUACUGGAAUCAUCCCCAGCUCAAGGCUCCAAUGGUAGAUGUCUAUGAAUUGACCAGUUUGCUAAGGCAGCUGGAUUUCAAAGUUGUGUCUUUGCUGGAUCUUACUGAGUCUGAGAUGCGAAAUGCAGUGGAUGAAUUUUUACUUCUCCUGGACAAAGGAGUUUAUGGUUUGUUGUACUAUGCUGGCCAUGGCUACGAAAACUACGGGAACAGUUUCAUGGUUCCUGUUGACGCCCCGAACCCGUACCGCUCAGCCAACUGCCUGUGUGUGCAGAACAUCCUGCGGCGGAUGCAGGAGAAGCGCACGGGGCUCAACGUGUUCCUGCUGGACAUGUGUCGCAAAAGAAAUGAAUAUGAUGACACGAUUCUUAUCUUGGAUGCUCUGAAGGUUACAGCCAACAUUGUUUUUGGAUAUGCAACGUGCCAGGGAGCAGAAGCUUAUGAAAUUCAGCAGCUGGGGUUGGCCAAUGGAAUCUUCAUGAAGUUCCUGAAGGACCGUUUGUUAGAAGACAAGAAGGUCACUGUUCUGCUUGAUGAGGUUGCAGAAGAUAUGGGCAAGUGUCCCCUUACCAAAGGCAAGCAAGCCCUGGAGAUCCGCAGCAGCUUGUCAGAGAAAAGGGCAUUAACUGAUCCUGUUCAGCAAAGCACAUCUUCUGCAGAGUGCCUGGCACGGAACCUGCAGUGGGCCAAGGCUCAUGAGCUUCCAGAAAGUAUGUCCCUUGAAUUCCAGUGUGGUGUUCAGAUUCAGUUGGGGUUUGCAGCAGAGUUCUCCAAUGUCAUGAUAAUCUAUACACAGAUAAUUAAGAAGCCCCCUGAAAUCACAGCUUGCAGAGCCCACAUCACAGACUUCCCACUUGACUUGGAUGUAGAUCCUAAAGAGGCCAAUAAAGGAACUCCUGAGGAAACUGGAAGCUAUUUAGUUUCAAAGGAUCUUCCCAAACACUGCCUCUACACCAGGCUGAGUUCACUGCAAAAGCUAAGGGAACAUUUAAUCUUCACUGUUUGCUUGCACUAUGAGUAUUCAGGAAUAGAAGAUACAAUGGACGAAAGAAAGGAGAUUAAUGUUGGGAAGCCCCUUAUUGCUAAAUUAGGGCUUCACCCUGGAUUCAAACCCAAGAACUGUCUCCAGACAUGUUGCAUGCCUGGUUAUCCUGUUCACGAUCCAGUGGAAUCGAGUCCAGAGGCAGCUGAAUACUACAUCCCUAGUCAUUGCCAACCCAGUUCCUCUCCAGGUGUUUGCCAUCCACACUGUGCUUGCUCAAACAGCACCACACAUCUGGAGGCAUGUUCCUGCAAUGGGACUGCCAGGAUGUUUGCUCCAAGACACGAAGUACAGCAUUACUCACCCACUGUGGAAAAGCAGAAUGUACCAGUAGAGACAACGGAUGAUACUGUUGAACUGGAAUUCUUCCUCUCUGACAGCCUGAGCUUCUCUGAACAGCAAUAGCUG